UCCUUCGUCCAAGUCUCGGACUUCUUGGGUUCUCUUUUUCCUCCCCAACCUCCCACCUCUUCCUCGAAAUCUCCUUUCCAUCACCACAUUUCCCCCAUCCACUAGACGUCGAUGAUGAAGCUUUCUCUUUCCCUCUCCGUGCUCGGAGCGGCCUUUCUCUUGGCCAGCUCGACCGUUGCUGCGCCGCUUGAGCAACGCGCGGCACUGCCUGUCCCACCCACCGGUGCUGAUCCAGCAAUCACCACCCGCCAAUCGGUGCUCGACGCCGCCAUCCAAUGUCCCUGGGAGCCUAACCAAAGCUUCGCAAACGUCAAGAAACCCUUGCUCCUGAUUCCGGGCACUGGAAACACGGGUGCUCAGACGUACGAGCACAACUGGAAAUUCAUUGGAAAAGCGCUCGGCUUCGAUCCUUGCUGGGUCUCGGGUCCCAACCAAAUGCUUGCCGACAGUCAAAUUGCCGCCGAGUACGUCUUCAAUGCCGUCGACAGGCUCUACGCAGCCAGCGGCAACAAAAAGGUUCCCGUCAUGGCAUGGAGUCAAGGGAACCUGGUCACCCAAUGGGUGUUGACCUUCUUCCCUAGCAGCAGAGCAAAGGUGGAUAGAUUCGUCGCCAUGUCUCCAGACUUCAGGGGCACCUUGACCUCCUACACCCGAGCCCUUUCUCCCGCUGGACCGUCGAUCAAACAACAAGCCACCGAGUCUCGCUUCCUCAAUGCUCUGCACAAUGCUGGAGGUUUGAACUCCUACGUUCCCACGACUACCAUCUGGUCUUUCUACGACGAGGUUGUGCAACCUCAAUCCGGACCCGACGCUUCCGCAAGACUCAAUGGCGCCAGCAACUUUAUGAUUCAAGACCUUUGCGGACCAAUCUGGUUUUUGGAGCACUCUCAAGUGCUCUUCCAAGAUGCGACGACGACGAUCGCCAAGCGAGCACUGACCGAUGCGUCGGGCAAAGCGCCACAAGGAGCCUUCAAAGCGGACAUUUGCUCUCAGUUGAUUCCAAAGGAAAUUCCAAUUCCCGAUAGGUGGCUCGUCGGAUCCACCAUCACCAUUGCAGCCACUGCUCUCGCUUUCGGUCCCGGCCAACAAGUGUGCGAGCCUUUGCUCAAGGAUUACUCCAAACCGUAUGAUAAGACCAAGAGCACGAACCAGUGCGAGGUUCCAAUCACCGAGGCGCUAGAGGGCAAGCUGAAGGCUGCUGGUCUGCAGAACAAAAAGAGCAUCAGCGACAUUAUCUGGUCGAACAAUUACGAUUUCAAAAAGAACAUCUGAAUUCGACAACGUCCCGCUUUGCGAUAGUCCGUUGUUGCGUAUGCAAUUCGGACUGUUCUUCUGCUCCCCGCCUGAAAUGCACGACCCGCGCAGUUCGAAAAGCUUGACGGGACGAUAACCCCCCCACUUUCUCUCCGAAAUCUCGGUCCUCUGCAUUUUUGCCGAGCCUAAUUUCCACCUUCGCUCUUUCCAUAGAUUCGCAAACCUUCCCCACCCUCAUUGCCCUCCUUUCGUCUUCGUCGCGCGCACGCGCUCUCUCUAGUCAGGCGCAAUGCAUGAUCCGCAAUAAAAUUUGCUGCAUAGCGUUCAACAUCUUGGCUGCACGCAAUCCAUCAUUUGUGCAC